AUGUCUGAGCCACGGCGGUCGACAAGGGCCCGCGCCCGCGAAGAAGCUGCCCCAGCUGCUCCCGAGACGCCCAACGAAAAGCCGGCAAGAGGCGCCAAAUCGUCAUUGAAACGCAAGCGGACCAGCCUCGCCGUCAAAGAUUCAGCGCCCUCGACGCCCACGACGGACGGCGCGCCCUUGCCCCCCAAACAAACACUACCCCUCCGCAUAGUCGACGGCGCACCUCUUCCCACGCUUCCAGAACCACAGCCUCUGGAUCUUCCCUCGAGCGAAUGGCAGACGAUCCAGCAGAGCGGCGUGCUGGAGACAUCCUUCGAGCGGUCCAAGGCAGUAUGGCUGUCCGGCGCAAACUUCCGCACCUUCCACGCCCACUUCAAUCAGCCCAAGAAGCUGGCCGACCGCACCGAUGAAGACAAGGCCAAGACGGCGCGACAGAAGGAGCUGCUCAAGAACUUCCCUCAGGUCGGUGCUGACCGAGUGAGCGUGAAGCUUGUCAUCGAGCCGCAUACGUUGCCCAUCAGACUCUAUGGCCCGCGUGAGGUGGGCAAGCCAGUGCACAAGAAGGCUCCGACAGCAUCACCAUAUGCCCCAUGGCCGAAUCACAACCACAACCAGCCCAAUCAACACACCAAAUACCAGCCUGGCCAGCCCAUACAGCAGAAGCCCCAGCCACGCCCGCCGCAACCUCCCAAACCCGUGCAAGCAGCCCCUCCGCCUCAAGCACCCGCCGCCCCCGCCCCCGAUCCCGUUAUACACAUGCUUGCCGCCAGAGCAGGCACGGAUCCCGAGCUGAAGGCUGUCAUGAAGAUUGUUGCAGCUGGAUCCGCAAGCAAGGAGCAGCUCGAGUUCUUCCAGACACACAUCAAUGAGUUGACGGCCAUUCUAGCCAGGCAGAAGGAGGACAAGGCGCCGAAACCAAUACAGCCACCUCCAACCCCAAAAGCCCCUCCACCACCGCCCCCAGCACCUAAGCAGAUAGCUCCUCCGCCCCCGCCGCGACCGGUUCAGCCUGCCCAACAGCCUAUUCAGCCCAGCGCUCCCAAGCCAUAUAGCCCAGUUCCACCACAAGGCCAACUUCAGCAACCUCCGCUUGUACAGCAACCAUAUCCACCCUACCAAAACUACAGCAAACCGCCGCAGUACCACCCACCACCGCCGCAGCUAUCUACCUACAAUCCACCUCCCAGGACAACAUACCGCCCGCUAGUUUUCAGUUUUGUGCAUGGCAAUGAGGACAAGUUUUAUUUUCCGUCGUAUAGCUUUAUGGAGUGGCUUCCCAAUGGCACAGGUGCAAAGCUUUCUUUCUUGAUUACCAAGAUGAAGCCGAAGCAAGAGCCAGAACCUGUUGUCAAGCCUCCAUCCACACCCGCUCCAAAGCCAACCCCGACGCCGACCCCCACGCCUGGCAACGUGCCUAACGCGACACCUAACACGCCGCAACCGAAUGCCAUGGCACCAACGCCCAACCCUACAAAUCCUAUCUUUGCGCCCAUACAACCCGCGACAACAGCUCCGUCAACGCCCUUCGUGCCACCUAAACCUCCUCAACGGAUUGAAGACUUCGACGAGAUGAACGAAAUAGACAACAUUGAAUUCUACCAGCCCGUCACUGUCUUGCUGCUCAUCGAGCACGAUGAUGGCGACGAAAUAGCAAGUGCUUUACCGCGCUCAAUACGGCCACCGCAUGUUGUAGAGAAGUACAUGAAUGAGGUGUUUGAUAGAUGUAAAAGAGCGGAUGAAACGUACCUGGCCUUCAGAUUGCCAAGGGACGCCGAUGAAGGGCCAGAGAAGAGAGUCAGGAGCGGAGAAGUGACGCCUGCGCUUGCGACGCCGACCCAAGAUGUUGUCAUGGGAGGUAUGGGGGCGUCCGCUAGCAGUUUGGCGGAGAAGAAGAAGGCUGGGCGACCUAGGAAGAGUCUUGCCUGA